AUGUCGUGCUCCCACCUCUCCACCGCCUGGUCCUCCUCGGCGCUCGCCAGCAGCGCCUCCUCCACCCGGGGGCGCUCCGCCCCGCGCUCGGGCCUCGUGGUGCGGUGCUCCCUCCGCGAGCUCCGCACCCGCAUCGACUCCGUCAAGAACACGCAGAAGAUCACGGAGGCCAUGAAGCUGGUGGCCGCCGCCAAGGUCCGGCGCGCGCAGGAGGCCGUCGUCUCCUCCCGCCCCUUCUCGGAGGCCCUGGUGGAGGUGCUCUACAACAUGAACCAGGAGAUCCAGACGGAGGACAUCGACCUUCCCCUCACCCGCACCCGCCCCGUCAAGAAGGUGGCGCUCGUCGUCCUGACCGGCGAGCGCGGCCUCUGCGGGAGCUUCAACAACAACGUGCUCAAGAAGGCGGAGACCCGCAUCGAGGAGCUCAAGCAGCUGGGCCUCCAGUACAGCGUCAUCAGCGUGGGGAAGAAGGGCAACGCCUACUUCCAGCGCCGCCCCUACAUCCCGCUGGAGCGGGAUCUGGAGGUGAACGGCGUGCCCACCGUCAAGGACUCGCAGGCCAUCUGCGACCUCGUCUACUCGCUCUUCGUCUCGGAGGAGGUGGACAAGGUGGAGCUGCUCUACUCCAAGUUCGUAUCGCUGGUGCGCUCCGACCCCAUCAUCCAGACGCUGCUCCCCAUGUCCCCCAAGGGCGAGAUCUGCGACAUCAACGGCGUCUGCGUGGACGCCACCGAGGACGAGCUCUUCCGCCUCACCACCAAGGAGGGCAAGCUCACCGUGGAGCGCGAGAAGGUGAAGAUCGAGACGCAGCCCUUCUCCCCCGUGGUGCAGUUUGAGCAGGACCCCGUACAGAUCCUCGACGCGCUGCUCCCGCUCUACCUCAACAGCCAGAUCCUCCGUGCCCUGCAGGAGUCGCUCGCCAGCGAGCUCGCCGCCCGGAUGAGCGCCAUGAGCAGCGCCACCGACAACGCCAUCGAGCUCGCCAAGAACCUCUCCAUCACCUACAACCGACAGCGCCAGGCCAAGAUCACCGGGGAGAUCCUCGAGAUCGUCGCCGGUGCCGAAGCCCUCGCCUGA